AGUUUGCCCAAGAAAUGUGAUAUAAAUGGAGCUCAAAGGUUAGUUUUCACCCUUAGCCCCUUUUUCAGAUUCUCCCAUCUCAAUCCAUAACGAUCUCUCAUAUCAAGUUUGAAGCUGAGAAUUAAACAUGGCGAAUUUCAUGCAAAGGGUUGUCUCUUACGUCGUGAACGAGGUGGUUGUCAAUGGGCUUGCCAACAGCCCAGCAUUUCAGAGGUUUGCAGUGAGGACAUCAAGAAGAAUUGAAGAUAUUUCUAUCAAAGUUAAUCAGAAGAAGCAGGAGCUAAUGGAACAGGCCAAGGACCUGUCGGAGGACAUCUCGGAGUCAUUCAAGAAGAGGCCGUGAUUAUGGUGUUCUAAAGUUGAUGGACUCGUGUUCUCUGUAAAUUUGUUUAGGGACAAUAAUUUUGGUUCUUAAUUCGCGAUCCCAAAGUUGGGAUGUAAAUGUUAGGUUUCUUCCAGUUUGAUGGGUGAGCUGAGAACUUUGAUUGGUGAACUGAGAACUGGAUUAGGAUAUUACUGCUAGGUUAUACUUUCACCGAACAUUAUUUUUCCUUCCUUUUGAAACUAUUGAAGACUGAUGGUUAUUACAAAAUAGUAUUUUGCAUUUUUUAGUAUGUGCUGUUUGGACUGUAUUGACAUGAAAUAUGCAAGAGUUGUAGCAGCU